GAUUCCCAAAUUCUCAACAGAACCUCUUAUAAACCCUAACCUGAGUGAUGGAUGAAUUCUAUGAUGCCAAUUUUCCCUCCGCAAAGAGAUGACUAAUCAAAAUCGUAAGCUCUAAUCCUUCGAUUUCUGCUCAACACAAUGAGCACUGUUGAUCCUCUCUACGCAGCAACGCUUCAUUUCCCAAAUUCCUGCAAAAAGCUUACCAAACCAACAAAGUCCUGGAAUUUCAUCCGAAAUUUUCAAUCAAGAACUCCAUUUCUUCGCCGAUCAUCCACUGUUCUUUGCUUGAAUUCCUCACAGUCCGGUGACCCUGCUAGACCCAAGGAGGAUGAUUUCGUGACUAGAGUUUUGAAGGAAAAUCCUAGCCAGGUAGAACCCAGGUAUCUAAUAGGCAACAAGUUGUACACUUUGAAGGAGAAACAAGAUUUAACUAAAGGUACCAAUGUGGGUCUGAUCGAGAAUUUGGCGAGAAAGUUGAAUUCAAAGGCUAAAUCGAACAAAGAGGGCAGUGAGAGUGAAGCGAGGAGUGGGAGUACCGAUGUGUAUUUGAAAGAUAUUUUGAGAGAGUUCAAGGGGAAGCUUUAUGUUCCCGAGCAGAUUUUUGAGGCUGAGUUAUCUGAGCAAGAGGAAUUCGACAAGAAUGUGGAGGAGCUGCCUACGAUGAGAAUUGAGGAUUUUAUGAAAGCUAUGGAAGCUGAUAAGGUUAAGUUGUUAACUUCAAAGGAGGUUACUGGUGCUUCAUAUGGAAGUGGGUAUAGGGACUUUAUUGUGGAUUUGAAGGACAUACCUGGUUAUAGAAGUCUGCAAAGAACAAAAUGGGCAAUGAGGCUAAAAGAGAGUGAGGCUCAAGCUCUUCUGCAAGAGUACAUUGGUCCAAGAUAUGAAAUUCAGAGCCAAAUGAAGUCUUGGGUGGGAAAAGUACCAGAGUACCCACAUCCAGUGGCAUCCUCCAUAUCAAGCAGGAUGAUGGUAGAGCUUGGAAUGGUGACUGCCAUAAUGGCUGCUGCUGCAGCUGUUGUUGGAGGGUUCCUAGCCUCGGCUGCGUUUGCUGUAACCAGUUUCAUCUUUGUAACAACUAUACAUGUUGUAUGGCCUACAGCCAAACAAUUUCUUAAGCUUUUUCUUGGUGGAAUCUUCAGUAUUCUAGAGAAUUUUUGGGAUGAUGUUGUUGAUAUCUUCAGUAAAGGUGGAUUUUUUUCCAAGCUUUAUGAAAUUUAUAAUCCCAGUGAUAUAUCUGCAAGUCUCAAGGUCCUACUUCCAAUCACGCUUAUCCUUUUGGGGAUGGUCCUUGUUGUCCGUUUCACGCUUUCAAGAAAACCUAAGAACUAUACAAAAUGGGACAUCUGGCAAGGCAUUGACUUUACAAAAUCCAAAGCAGAAGCUCGUGUUGAUGGUUCUACCGGAGUUAAGUUCAGUGAUGUUGCAGGCAUAGAUGAAGCAGUUGAGGAACUCCAGGAGUUGGUGAGGUACUUGAAGAAUCCAGAACUGUUUGAUAAAAUGGGAAUAAAGCCUCCACAUGGGGUUCUCUUGGAGGGCCCUCCUGGAUGUGGCAAGACUCUUGUUGCUAAGGCUAUAGCUGGCGAAGCAGGUGUUCCAUUCUACCAAAUGGCAGGCUCAGAAUUUGUGGAAGUCUUGGUUGGUGUUGGCUCUGCUCGUAUCAGGGAUCUGUUCAAGAGGGCAAAGGUAAACAAACCAUCAGUCAUAUUUAUCGAUGAAAUUGAUGCUUUGGGAACUAGGCGUCAAGGGACUUUCAAGAAUUCAUCUAAUGACCUAUAUAAUGCUGCCAUUCAAGAGAAGGAAACUACAUUGAAUCAGUUAUUAAUAGAGCUUGAUGGGUUUGAUACCGGCAAAGGUGUUAUAUUUCUUGGUGCUACAAAUCGGAGGGAUUUGCUGGAUCCUGCACUUCUUCGACCUGGUCGUUUUGAUCGUAAGAUAAGGAUUCGCCCUCCAAAUGCUAAAGGGAGAUUGGAAAUUUUGAAAAUUCAUGCACGCAAAGUGAAGAUGUCAGAAUCUGUUGAUCUAUCCUCUUAUGCAAAAAACUUACCUGGAUGGACUGGAGCAAAGUUGGCUCAACUUGUUCAAGAGGCUGCUCUCGUGGCUGUCAGGAGAGGUCAUGAGUCAAUCCUUCAUCCAGAUAUGGAUGAUGCAGUUGACCGACUUACAGUUGGACCUAAACGUAUUGGUAUAGAGUUGGGUCAUCAAGAACAGUGUCGUCGAGCAACAACUGAAGUGGGAGUUGCCAUGACUUCUCAUUUGCUAAGGCGGUAUGAAAAUGCAGAACUUGAAUUCUGUGAUCGCAUUUCAAUUGUUCCCCGUGGGCAGACAUUAUCACAACUUGUGUUUCAUCGGCUUGAUGAUGAAUCAUACUUCUUUGAGCGUCUGCCACAAUUGCUGCAUCGCCUUCAGGUUUUCCUUGCAGGAAGAGCUGCAGAGGAGGUCAUUUAUGGGAGGGACACAUCCAAGGCAUCAGUUAGCUACCUUGCAGAUGCAUCUUGGCUUGCUCGUAAAAUCUUAACCAUAUGGAACUUGCAGAAUCCAAUGGUCAUACAUGGAGAACCACCACCAUGGAGAAAGAAAGUUAAAUUCGUGGGUCCACGCUUGGAUUUUGAAGGAUCCCUUUACGACCAUUAUGGGAUGAUCCAACCCCCUCUCAACUUCAAUCUAGAUGAUGAAGUUGCCCACAGGACUGAGGAGCUACUGCACGACAUGUAUGGAAAGACAGUGUCUCUCCUUCAGAGGCACCAGGCAGCUCUGCUCAAAGCUGUGAAGGUACUUGUGAAUCAGAAGGAGAUGAGGGGAGAAGAAAUUGACUUCAUCUUAAAUAAUUACCCUCCACAAACUCCACUGAGUCGUCUCUUAGAAGAGGAAAAUCCGGGAAGCCUUCCUUUCAUCAAACUCAAACAGGAUGAAUCACCAGACUUAGAGUCAAUGGAGAUGGCAGACAAACAUUGAUUUCCAUGCGGAGAACGUGCGCAUAUGUAACAUUUUGGUGUUUCUUUUUUUUAAAUAUUAUUAUUUUGUUUUAUUAGAUGGUAAAUGACAAUAAAUUUUUCUCCUAUCUUAUCUACUUAUUAUGUAGCGUAGAGUUUCGAUAUUU